AAUCUCAAAAAUCUAUUUAAAAGCAAGAAUAUUUAUUUUUAAUAGUAGAAUUAUAUUUAUAGUGAAAAUAUAUUUAAAGUUUAAGAAACCUUUGUUGUUCCGUUAAGCAAAUAUUUAGAAGAUGGUUUACAAAGUAGAAUUAAAUAAAAACAACAGAAAUAGACCGUAUCGGAAAAUUUCUUUAGAAAAUCCUUUCAUAAGAUAUCCAGAUAACAUUUGGGAUGAAGAAAAUAUAGUUUUCGAUAUAACAAAGACGAUCGUCUUAACUGUUUUACUCGUUCCACUCAGAAUUUUUGGUAUUUUAACAAUUCUUCUGGUGACUUGGUCGAUAGCAUGUAUAGGAAUUUUUGGCAUCACACACGAAGAGUUGAAAAGGAAGCCGCUGAAAGGUUGGCGAAGGAAAGUUCGAACGUUGUGUGGACAUUUAUUUCGUUUAAUGUACGUUGUGGGAUCUGCAAAUUGGAUUAAAGUGAAAGGAAAACUAGCAUCACCCAAAGAAGCUCCAAUAUUGAUUGGUGGCCCACAUACAAGCUUCUUUGAUGCAUUGAUUGUGAUUAUCAGUGGUCCAGCUUCUGUUGUGGGCAAAGUUGAAGCAGGCAAAAUUCCAUUUUUCGGAAAAAUCAUUGAUUUGGCACAACCAAUUUAUGUGUGUCGUGAAAAUCAUGAUUCGAGAUCACAAACCAUUCAAGAUAUUUAUGAACGAACGAACUCUGAUGAUGAUUGGCCUCAUACAUUAAUUUUCCCCGAAGGUACAUGCACAAACAAGAAGAGUAUGGUUCAGUUUAAACCUGGAGCAUUUAAUCCUGGGUUGCCCGUACAGCCUGUUGUCAUCCGAUAUCCGAAUAAGGUUGACACAUUAACAUGGGCUUGGCAAGGACCAAACGUUUUUAUUCUUUUCUGGAGAAGUUUAUCUCAACUUCAUACUUACAUUGAAGUCGAAUAUUUACCAGUGUACAAUCCAAGUGAAGAAGAAAUCAAAAAUCCAAAAUUAUUUGCAUCAAAUGUACAAAAAAUAAUGGCAAAAGCAAUGAAUCUUCCAAUAUCCGAUUAUAAUUUUGACGACUGUAAGCUAAUGGAUUACGCUCAAAAAUGCAAAUUAAAGUUUGCACCACAAAUCGCAGAUGUUGCCAAAUUUAGACACAAGAUUGGAUUGUCUGGAUCCAACAUUGAAGAAUGUAUUGCAAAUGAAAACUUUGAAGGAACAGCGGAUUUCAACAUUUCAUUCGAUGAGUUUAUAAAUCGAUUGAAAAUUCCUGCUGAUGAUAUUUCCUACACACUUUUCUCGAUAUUUUCAUCGGAAGAGGAAGCAACUGUUAUUGACUUCAAAGAAUAUUUACUUCAUUCAUUGUUUUUGAUUAAGAUUCGUAAUCCCAAAAUUGAGUUAGUGAUGCUUUUGUUUAAAGUUUAUGGAGACUGUGGACGACUUCCUCGAGAAUCUUUUUGCCAAAUUAUAAAACUUUUUCUAAAGUUAUCAUCGACUGAUAUUAACAAACUCUUUUUCAAACUUGAUAAAGAUGAGAAGGGUUACAUCCUGUUUGAGGACUUCCGAAAAGCUACAGAAAAAGAAGAAAAGUUUCGCUAUCUUUACGAGCCAAAUCAGAAUUUCCGUCAAAAGACAAAUUGAAAUUUUCAUCUUGAUGUUUCUUCUUAUCUUAUUUAUUUUAUAAAAGCUAAAUGGUUGAUUUUUGUUGGACCUAAGAAACAUGAAAAACAGGGGCUAGAAAUACUUUAUUGGUGAUGAAAGAAUAUUUGUUGCAUAAAAGUUAUAUGAACAUGUAAAGCACUCAAAUAUCCAUGAUCUUAAAAAAUAUACUCUCAUGUCACACACCACACAUACACACACAAAUUUAAUGACGAGGUAAACUUUAUUUUUACUUACCAGAAAAUGUUAUGUUAGAUAAAAUGUAAUUAAUGAAUAAAUGUUUAUUUUAUUUAUUAACGAAGCUUUUAAUA